CGGCGCCGUGUCCGUGCGCGCGGGGCGAUGGCGGCGGCGGGCCCGGCGCGGCUGGUGCAGGGCGGGCAGAAGGACGAGCUGUACCGGGCCGGGCUGCGCAGCGGGGCGGGCACCGCGCUGCGGGGGCUGGCGGGUGCCCGGCCGUGGCUGCAGUGGCGGCGGGAGGUGGAGCUGCUCUCCGAUGUGGCCUAUUUCGUGCUCACCACGCUCUCAGGGUAUCAGACUCUGGGCGAGGAGUACGUGAACAUCAUCCAGGUCGACCCCACCAAGAAGAAGGUGCCUUCUCUCCUCCGCCGGGCCGCCUUCAUCUCCCUGCACACCGUGGUGCCCUACUGCCUGGAGAAGGCCCUGCUGCACCUGGAGCACGAGCUGCAGGAGGAGGCUGAGGAGUCCCAGAGCCCCGGGAGCGGCGCAGCACCGGCACUGCCCGGCAGGACCUUCCCGCGCCGCUGGAUCCGCAGGCAGCUGGGGCAGCUCCCGGAGCGGCAGAGGAGAACGGCCUGCCAGGUGGUGUAUGUGCUGAAACAGUGCAUCCCCCUGCUGCACCGGCUGCACCUGGCGCUCUUCUACAUCCACGGCACCUUCUACCACCUCUCGAAAAGGGUGGCGGGCAUCUCCUAUCUGCAUUUUGGAGGACUGCAGGGAGAAGAUCAGAGUGUCCGGUCAAGUUACAAGUUUCUUGGAGUGAUUUCCCUCUUCCACCUUCUGCUGACCAUUGGGGUUCAGGUGUACAGCUUCAAACAGAAGCAGAGGGCGAGGCAGGAGUGGAGGCUGCACCGCAACCUCGCUCACCAGAAGAACACGAGCAAGGACAAGGCUCCCGGGCGCCAGUCCCGCUGCACUCUGUGUCUGGAGGAGCGGAGGCACAGCACAGCCACCCCCUGCGGGCACCUCUUCUGCUGGGAGUGCAUCACUGCCUGGUGCAACACCAGGGCAGAGUGCCCCCUGUGCAGAGAGAAGUUCCAUCCCCAGAAGCUGAUCUACCUACGGCACUAUCAGCUGUAAGGGACAAACCCGCUCUGGGCCCUGACAGAGCUCAGCUCCCACUCUGUCCUUGUCACACAGCCCCACUGGGCCAAGGAAAGGCUUCAAGGACCUGGAAAUGCCCGUGCAAGGGGGCACUUCGUUCCUGGGUUGCAAAUAAAGCCCUCCCUGCCUCUACGCUUCUGUCUCCCUGGACACGGUUCCUGACCAUAUUAAAAAUGUGUUUCUAAGUGCUGGUAACACUCAGCUCUUCAGUAGAGGGCAUCCCAGUUGGGAAUUUUACUACUAAUAAACCUCCUGUUUUUCUCCCUGA